UUCACACCUCUCUUGUUCUCUCCAAUGGCUGUCCCAAGUAAUUUCCUUCUAUUUUCAGCUUCUCUCUUGUUCUUCAUCGUCUCUCCUUCUAUCCAAGCUUCCUUUAGGCCUAAAGCAUUAGUCCUUCCUCUCACAAAAGAUGCUUCGACUAACCAAUAUGUCACUCAGAUCAAGCAAAGAACCCCAUUAGUGCUCGUCAAGUUGUCCCUCGAUCUCGGUGCUGAAUCGCUCUGGGUGGAUUGUGACCAAAACUAUGUCUCGUCUACCUACAAGCCUGCCCGUUGUAACUCGGCUCAAUGCAACUUGGCAAAGUCCAAGUCUUGUGGAAGUUGCUUCGAUGGCCCUAAGCCAGGAUGCAACAACAAUACUUGCAGUCUCCUCCCAUCCAACAGCUUUAAAAGCAUCGGCACCAUCGGCGAGGUUGCACAAGAUGUUGUAGCAGUCCAGUCGACGGACGGAAAGAGUUCCGGGAAAGUAGUUUCGACGUCCAAGUUUCUCUUCACUUGCGGUGCCACUUUGCUCCUAGACGGUCUCGCUAGUGGAGUUACAGGUGUGGCCGGUCUUGGUAGAACAAAGAUUUCAAUGCCUUCCCAAUUCUCAGUUGCUUUCAGUUUUCCUAGAAAGUUUGCCAUUUGUUUAGGUGCACCCAAUGGUGUCAUCUUCUUCGGUGACGGGCCUUAUACUUUCCUCGGUAGGAACAUCGACAUCUCAAAAUCUCUCAUGUACACUCCGCUCAUUCUCAAUCCGGUCAGCACCGCACCGGCCUACUUUGAAGGCGACCCUUCUUCAGACUACUUCAUUGGAGUGAGGGGGAUCUCCAUUAGUGAAAAACCAGUGGCAUUGAACAAAACUCUGCUUUCUAUUAAUAAAGAAGGCCAUGGAGGAACAAAGAUCAGCACUGCUGCUCCCUACACCGUACUGCAAACGUCAAUCUACAAAGCAGUGGUUAGAGCUUUUAUCAAGGAAAUUCCUGGGAUUCCAAGGGUUCCGGCCGUGGCUCCUUUCGGUGCAUGUUUCAAUUCUAAAAGCAUAGGCUUCAGCCGCGUUGGACCAGGAGUGCCGGUCAUAGAUCUUAAUCUACCAAACAAAGUGGUGUGGAGGAUAUUUGGAUUUAACUCGAUGGUGGAAGUUAAAGACGACAUAUUGUGUUUAGCGUUCGUGGAUGGAGGAUUGGAACCAACGACGUCGAUAGUGAUAGGAGGGCACCAACUAGAGGACAAUCUGCUGCAAUUUGAUCUAGCCGCGUCAAGGCUCGGGUUCAGUUCUUCCCUCCUGUUCCGGCAAACAAACUGUGCCAACUUCAACUUCACAUCUGCUGCUUAAAGGGUCCCCAUAAACCCACGGUUUCAUCGUCGUUAUCAUUGCCGGUGUUUUGAGAUUGUAUGAAAAAGAAAGCAAAUUGCUUGCAAUAAAAUCUGUGCAUUGUGCUUGCCAAUGGCCUCGUCUGAUGUACUUUGUAUU